AGAAAAGAAGGGAGGCUUUUCCAAGCCCUUCACGAGAAACCUCGUGCUGUUUUCCCAUGCUGUCUGUACUCUCUUUAAUAAUGCGAUUGUGACCUGAGUGGAAUUUAUGAGCGAUGAACUAUUGAAGCUUGUUGCACCACUGCAUCAGGCUACAUUGUUGGUUUUUUUUCUUUCAGCACAUGAUUCCCCCGUCCCAGCUGUUGCAGGACCUAUGGGCCAGUUUUAGAGGGAUGGGAAGCUGAGAGAGUUUAGUUUUGCAUUCUUCUCUUCUGGGGACUUGGCUAGUUAGCUGAAGCUGCUGCUUUUUACUGGAUCUGCUCUUUACUCGGCAGGUUUAUUUGUUUUCAUGUGCACGGGGUGUUUCAAGUAAAUAGACAUUGGACUAGAGCUGAAUGGAUGCUUUGCAGUCCGAAAGGUUAUUUGGGAUAACAAAAACCUACUAAAAACAGAAGAACUGGUACGGCAGGAAACCUGGGGCCUGUUUUCCGAGCCUUUUUGUUUUAUUGAGCAAGAUGAUGUGUGAGGUGAUGCCAACCAUCAGUGAGGCAGAGAUUCCCUCUGGGGGAAAUGGAGGCCAUGGUUCAGGUUCCCCGUUACAGUCAGAUGCUGAUUCCCAUUUUGAGCAAUUAAUGGUGUCCAUGUUGGAAGAAAGGGAUCGCCUUCUGGAAACACUCAGAGAAACUCAGGAGACCCUAGCACUGACCCAAGGCAAGCUGCAAGAAGUUGGUCAUGAGAGAGAUUCUUUGCAGAGACAGCUCAAUACUGCACUUCCACAGGAAUUUGCAGCACUUACGAAAGAGCUAAAUGUUUGCAGGGAGCAGCUGCUUGAAAGGGAAGAAGAAAUCGCUGAACUGAAAGCAGAAAGAAAUAACACAAGGCUGUUACUGGAACAUUUGGAGUGUCUUGUCUCCAGGCAUGAGCGAUCUCUCAGAAUGACAGUUGUAAAGAGACAAGCUCAGUCUCCAGCAGGAGUUUCUAGUGAAGUAGAAGUUCUCAAAGCACUAAAAUCUUUAUUUGAACACCACAAAGCCCUUGAUGAAAAGGUAAGGGAGAGGUUACGAGUAGCACUUGAAAGAUGUAGCUUACUGGAAGAAGAACUAGGUACUACACAUAAAGAGUUAAUGAUUCUGAAAGAGCAAAAUAAUCAGAAGAAAACACUUCCAGAUGGGAUGCUGGAUAUAAAUCAUGAACAAGAAAAUACACCAACCACAAAUGGGAAGCGAUCUUCUGAUGGUUCUUUAUGUCAUGAUGAAAAUCUUGCUAAAGUAAUUGAACUCCAAGACAUCAUAGAUAAGCAAAACAAAGAGCAGACACAGAUGAAGGAACGUCUCACUGCCUUGUCUAGCAGAGUAACAGAGCUGGAAGAAGAUCUUGACACAGCUAGAAAAGACUUAAUUAAAUCUGAAGAAAUGAAUACAAAGUUACAGAGAGAUGUACGAGAGACUAUGGCCCAAAAGGAAGACAUGGAAGAGAGAAUUACAACUCUUGAGAAACGCUACCUCGCUGCUCAACGUGAAGCUACAUCUGUCCAUGACCUCAAUGAUAAACUUGAAAAUGAAAUUGCCACUAAAGACUCCAUGCACCGACAGAGUGAAGAUAAGAACAGGCAGUUGCAAGAACGACUGGAACUAGCUGAGCAAAAGCUGCAGCAGACUCUGAGAAAAGCUGAAACUUUGCCAGAGGUGGAAGCUGAAUUGGCACAGAGAGUUGCAGCACUUUCAAAGGCUGAGGAAAGACAUGGCAAUAUAGAAGAACGACUGAGACAGAUGGAAGCUCAGCUAGAAGAAAAGAAUCAAGAGCUGCAAAGGGCUAGACAGAGAGAGAAGAUGAAUGAGGAACAUAAUAAACGUUUGUCAGAAACGGUUGAUAAGCUCCUGUCUGAAUCUAAUGAGAGGCUUCAGCUUCAUCUCAAGGAAAGAAUGGCUGCCUUGGAAGAUAAGAAUUCACUUAUCCGAGAAAUUGAAAAUGCAAAAAAACAAAUAGAGGAGCUGCAGCAUGAAAAGGAUCAACUUGUGUUAAAUGUUGAAACAUUAAGGGCUGAAACUGACCAAGUCAGACUAAGAGCCACAACACUUCAUCAUAGCAGAGCAGACUUCAGAUACCCUGUGACAUCUUCCUCUGUGACUGACACCCACACAGACUCCUAUGGCACCUCAUCAGUGUUAAGGCGUCCCCAGAAAGGACGUUUGGCAGCUCUCAGAGAUGAACCUUCCAAGGUUCAAACUCUGAACGAGCAGGACUGGGAGCGAGCCCAGCAAGCAAGUGUGUUGGCAAAUGUGGCACAAGCAUUUGAAAGUGAUGUUGAUGUGUCUGAUAUUGAGGAUGACAGAGAGACUAUAUUCAGUUCAGUUGAUCUACUGUCACCAAGUGGUCAGGCUGAUGCUCAGACUUUGGCCAUGAUGCUUCAAGAACAGUUGGAUGCAAUCAACAAAGAGAUUAGACUUAUACAAGAAGAAAAGGAAAACACAGAGCAGCGUGCCGAGGAGAUUGAGAGCAGAGUGGGUAGUGGCAGCUUGGAUGCCCACGGCCGGUUCCGCUCCAUGAGCUCCAUUCCUCCUCCCUGUGCAACUGGUUCCCUUGCUGGUUCCUCCCCCCCUGGCAGUGGCCGCUCCACCCCAAGGCGGAUUCCACAUAGUCCAGCUCGGGAAGUGGACAGACUGGGUAUCAUGACACUGUCUCCAGCUUCUAGAGAAGAGGUACGAGAUGAUAAAACCACCAUAAAAUGUGAGACGUCACCACCUUCUUCACCUCGAUCUUUGCGUUUGGACAGAGUCCAGAAAGGAGCUUUGCACACAGUGAGCCAUGAAGAUAUCAGGGACAUUAGAAAUUCCACAGGCUCUCAGGAUGGGCAAACAAGUAAUCCUAGCAGCAGCAAUAGUAGCCAAGAUUCCCUUCAUAAAGCCCCCAAAAAGAAGGGUAUCAAAUCCUCUAUUGGUCGCUUGUUUGGCAAGAAAGAAAAAGGACGACCUGGACAAACAAGCAAGGAAAAUUUAGGACAAGUUGGCAUGGGAGAAGCAGAUAGUUCCUCUCAGGAUGCAUUAGGCCUCAGCAAGCUUGGAGGCCAGGCAGAAAAAAACAGGAAAAUGCAGAAAAAGCAUGAGUUGCUAGAGGAAGCCAGAAGACAAGGUUUGCCUUUUGCACAGUGGGAUGGGCCUACUGUGGUUGUGUGGUUGGAGCUGUGGGUUGGGAUGCCAGCCUGGUAUGUGGCUGCUUGCCGAGCAAAUGUGAAAAGUGGUGCUAUCAUGUCAGCCUUGUCUGACACGGAAAUCCAGCGUGAAAUUGGGAUUAGUAAUCCCCUGCACAGGCUGAAGCUGAGGCUGGCCAUUCAAGAAAUCAUGUCACUAACAAGUCCAUCUGCUCCUCCCACCUCAAGAACGACAUUAGCUUAUGGUGAUAUGAACCACGAGUGGAUUGGCAAUGAAUGGCUCCCUAGCCUGGGGCUCCCCCAGUACCGCAGCUACUUCAUGGAAUGUCUUGUUGAUGCUCGGAUGCUGGAUCAUUUAACUAAAAAAGAUCUGCGUGGGCAACUGAAAAUGGUGGACAGCUUUCACAGAAACAGUUUCCAGUGUGGAAUUAUGUGCCUACGAAGACUGAAUUAUGAUCGAAAAGAACUUGAAAGAAAAAGAGAAGAAAGCCAGAAGGAAAUUAAGGAUGUCCUUGUCUGGAGCAAUGAAAGGAUGAUCCAUUGGGUGAUGUCCAUUGGUCUUAAAGAAUACGCAAGUAACCUUAUAGAGAGUGGAGUUCAUGGUGCACUCGUGGCCUUAGAUGAAUCAUUUGAUUACAAUGCAUUAGCUCUCUUACUACAAAUACCCACUCAAAACACACAGGCUCGUGCUGUUCUGGAGAGAGAAUUUAAUAACCUUCUUGCUGUGGGCACUGACAGAAGACUGGAAGAAGAUGAUGAUAAGAGCUUUAGGAGAGCACCUUCAUGGAGAAAGAAGUUUAGACCAAAGGACAUAAGAGGUUUGGCUGCUGGAUCAGCAGAGACUCUUCCUGCAAAUUUCAGAGUUACAACCUCAAUGUCUUCACCCUCUAUGCAGCCAAAGAAGAUGCAGAUUGAUGGGAGUGUAUCAGGAACACAAAGAUUGGAUUCUGCUACAGUAAGGACCUACUCCUGUUAAAGCCUUCUGCUGUUUACCCACACUAUUUCUACCGGUGAUAUGCAGCAUUUUGAACAUUUGGAACCCUUAACCUGUUAAUACUUGUUAAAAUGGACACUUUGAGAUAUUUUAUUACAGAGUUUUUAAUUAGCAAAUAAAUUCAUGAGUACUAUAGAGAAAAUAUUUUAGAAUCUAAAUGUUUCUUAUAUUUAUGUGACUUCUCAUUUAUAUAGUUACUUACUUUUUCUGUUUCUAUUCACUCUACAAAUCAAAUAAUUGCUGAGUUUUUUAUUCUAAUUUUAGUCUUUCCAACUGAAUGUACUGUAAUGCUUGUAUGUAUAUGUCCCUAUAAGUAAUAUAGGGUUUUUGUAAAUUAUGCAGUUACUGUAAUUAUCAUUGUUUUUUAAUAAUGAAACUGAAGGUGAAAAGGAUUUUAAUACCUUUGUAAAAGUAUCAUGACACCAUGCAGUAUAUAUUUUGUCUUUUGGAAACCUUAGCUUAGAUCUGAAAACAAGUCCAGCUUUUUUUCAGGUAAGCGUUUGCUGUCGUAGGAGGUGUGGUACACAGUUCUUCUUCUUUUCAGAACUGUACCUUCCCACAAAGACAGUUUGUCAAGUGGUGGGAAUUUGUCUUUAUUUAAAAUAGAACUUGUUUUAAAAGCUGGGAGGAACUAUUUAACACUACGGAACAUGUUUUAGAAGUGAUUGACUCGGUCAUAACACUCUCUGCUGUAUUUGUGUAGCGUUAUCUUCACAGUGACUGAAAACAAGCCAUAAACCAAGAACUGUUUGUAAUUGUUUUUGGGUUUUUGUUCCUUAAAUGAGGAAGAUAGACUUCUUAAUAAUUCCUGGUCGUAAUCCACAGGCCACAGAGAGGGGUUUGUUGUUUUUUUUUUUUUGUCCUAAUCUUUUUGAUUGAAAACACUUGAGAAAAGAUGCUGGUGAAACUAGUUUUAACGGACCAAUGGUGAAGCACUGCAGUCUCAUGUCACAUAGUGAGAGAUGAAGGUACAAUGGGGCUGAAAACUAAAGCAGUGCAACUUCUAAUAAAAGCCUUACUUUUCUUAUGUAAGUCAUCUUUUGUGUUUUGUAAACUUGUUCUAAAGGAGUUGUCUGGACUUUAAUUUUGAUGGUUGUAGCCAUUUUGGACUGUCUGCGUAGAAGUUGUAUCUGACACUUGUAAAUGGCAUAUUAAAAAGCCAGCAAGAACCUGUUCAGAUGGUGCAUUAUUUAUUAUGCAACAAUAUAUAUAGCAUGUCUUUUUUCUUAUUUUGUUUUUUCCACUUUUAACUUGCUUGUAAAACUGAAUUUUGUUGUUACUGUUCUGUUUUUCUAUUAAUCUUUUGUGUAUUUUCAGAUUAUGUAACAAUAUGUACAGUCUACUUUUGAACUAUUUUUAUCACAGUAUUAUUUAUUGCUUUCUUUCAAUAAAGUACUGAUGCAUUUUCCACUGCCAAUAAAACACUAUUGAAAAGCUAAGAUGUAAUUGUAUGCAGACAGAUACUUUUGCAGUGAGUGGAUAUUGUCAAUAAAGCAUCUUAAUGAUUGUUUGCUGCCCUGUAGAUCUCGUUUCAAAUGAUGACUUUUCUCCAAGAGAAAAAUGUUCCAUCAAAUGUGACAUUUUCUUUGGAAUUGU